UAUAUAAAAAAACCUAACGGUUUUCUAUCGCUUUUAUGUUUAAUAAAUAUAAAGUCUCCAUGAUGAUUUUUUACAAACUUUUAUCUUUGUUGUCGAUUUCAACUGGAAUAAGUGCCUAUAUUAAUGAUCGUAACAACUAUGGUAUUAGAACUACAAGUUGGUCUUAUUCUGAUAUAGGUAGUUGGGGAAAAAAAUGUAAGAAUGGAAAAAUGCAAAGCCCCAUUCAUAUUGAACCGAAUACAACUAUUAGUGCUGGUUAUAAAAAAUUUCAUAUUAGUAAUGCUGACUCGAAAGAAUUUGCAACCAUAUACAAUAAUGGACACACAGUUCAAAUUCUAUUCCCCAAGUCCAAAAUUAUAUUAAGCGGUGGAGGUUUACUCAGUAGCUACCGUAUUGAUAACAUCCACUUUCAUUGGGGUGGUGAACACACAAUCGCCUCCGAACAACGAGCUGUAUUAGAAGUGCAUUUAGUAUUUUAUGAUGUUAAAUAUAAAAGUACGGAAGAAGCUGCGAAAAAUAAGGGUUUCACAGUCCUCGCAGUGCUUGUGGAUAAUGUAACUCAGUGUGAUCCUUCAAAUUCCUGGACAACAAUUGGAAAUCAAAUUUCAGAUAUAAUCAAAGCCAAUGGGGAAGCUUCUCUUCAGCGUAAAAUCAAAAUUGAAGACUUUUUGCCCUCAUCCCGGUCCUUUUAUCGAUACAUUGGAUCUUUAACCACUCCCGACUGUACUGAAAAUAUUUUGUGGAAUGUUUUCGAGUCGAGAAUUUCCGUGUGCAACCGAAUUGUGAUUAAUAUUGAACGCAUUAUGUGUUCUGCUCAUUGGAAUUAUGGAGAUUUGAGUUCUUGGCCAGCAUCCUGCACGGGAGAGAGUCAAAGCCCAAUCAAUAUCGACCCGAACAAUUUGAAGGCCUCAGAUUUACGUACACAUUCAUUAACUGGCAUUUACAAUAAUAAUCCAGCAAAAAUAGUCAACAACGGACACACGGUUUCCGUACACAUGUUAAACCGAGAGAAGAUCGUGUUGGGAACGGGGGGAACAACCGGCAAUUUUCACUUGGACCACAUUCACUUUCAUUGGCCGUCUGAACACACGAUCGAAGGAAAAAAAUUUCCGCUUGAAAUUCAUCUGGUGUUUAUGCUGUGCAAUUGUAAAAAUUUUUGUUCGUGCUUCAAGUCGUCUAACGUUGUGGUGUUGAGUACUCUAGUUAAGCUGGGUACCAAAUUAAAUGCGUCGUUUAACGAAAUAUGCGAAAAAAUGCAUGAAAUUGAAAAAGCCGAUGUCAACAAUUUUGUGGAACUUGAUAAUACUAUUUGUGUAAGCGAUUUUCUCCCCAAUAAUUUACUAAACUAUUACCGCUACGAAGGGUCGUUAACAACUCCGGAUUGCAGAGAAGGUAUUCCUUGGACCGUUUUCUCCCAGCCAUUAGCUAUCCGUAUGGAUCAGAUAAGAAAAAUAAAACAUAUUCGUGGUCAUGACGGAGAGAUUUUGUGGCGAAAUUCUAGACCUGUACAACCUUUACAUGGUAGAAGGGUGUUUGUACCUAAAAGUUGUGUGCCGAAAAAUUAUUAAUAAAAAAGUUAUUGUCAAACUCAAAUAAAAACAGAAAAUCAAGCCUUAUAA